AAGCUGAUGCAUCAAUUCAGCCUUUACUUUCAAGCCUGAACAAACAUUAAUCAAGAGCCAUCAUGGUUGAGUGGACUCAGCAGGAGCGCAGCAUCAUCGCUGGCAUCUUUGCCAACCUGAACUAUGAAGACAUUGGCCCCAAGGCUCUGGCCAGGUGUCUGAUUGUGUACCCCUGGACUCAGAGGUACUUCGGCGCCUAUGGUGACCUCUCCACCCCUGACGCCAUCAAGGGCAACGCCAAAAUCGCUGCCCAUGGCGUCAAGGUGCUGCACGGUCUGGACAGGGCUGUGAAGAACAUGGACAACAUCAACGAAGCCUAUUCCGAACUGAGCGUCCUGCACUCUGACAAGCUGCACGUUGACCCCGACAACUUCAGGAUUUUGUCUGACUGUCUGACCGUCGUCAUCGCCGCCAACCUGGGAGAUGCUUUCACUGUCGAAACUCAGUGUGCCUUCCAGAAGUUCCUGGCUGUGGUGGUGUUCGCUCUUGGCAGGAAGUACCACUAAAUGCAUCAGCCCCCCCACUCAUACACGUGGGCAUCUAAAGGAGAUCUAACAUCUGUUUUACAUGUUGUUUGUCUCCUCAAUGAAAAAAUAAAGACCAAAUGAAAGCUUGA